AUGAAUUAUCCUUUAAAGAAAAAAUAUUUAUUAAAUAAUUAUUUACCUGAAAAUAUUUUAAUACGGAAUUUUUCAAAGUUAAAAUGUAAGCUUUUUUGUAACUUUUCAUUAAAUAAUUAUGGUUAUUUAAAAAAAGAUAAAUUAAAUAAAUUCAAAAAUAUUUAUUAUCGUAAGAAAGGGGAAAUGCAUAUAGCAUAUUCUAAGAAUUAUAAAUGGAGCAAAGAGUCAAAUAAAAAAAAAAAAGAAUAUUGUGAAGAUCAAACAUCAAAAAAAUUCCUAUAUUACCCAGAAAGCACUUCAUUUCCAUAUGGAACUAUAUGUAUCGUUUUAGGGAUGGUAGGUGUUUCAACUUUCCUUAAAAUUUUGAUAUACAACUUAAGGAAUUGCGAUACUGAAGAAAAUAUUUUAUUACAAAUAGACAAAAUAUUAGAUUACUUAGAUAACUAUUUUAUCAUAUAUAACUCUGAAUCAAAUAAAAAAAAUAUAAAUAAAAGUGAUAUAUUUGACAUAAAAUAUUUAACAUCACAAUUUUUUACAAAUGAAAAUAUAUUGCAAUGUUCCGUUCAAUUAUCCACAUUUUUUUUAGCUUCUCGAUUUCUUGAAAAGCAAUAUGGUUCUAUAAGAUUUCUGGCAUUAUUUUUAACUGGUUCCUUACUUUCCAUUCUUGUUAGUUUUUAUUUUUUUAAAUAUAUCAAGAAAGUAGAAUCAUUAAAUUUUAUAGAUUUUGUACUUAUACAUCCCUCAGGUUCAAUGGCCUUUAUAUGUGCUUUAUGCUCAUUGUGCUUCAAAAAUUCUUCUAUUUGGAAAAAUAUACCUGUGCAUUGUUCUAUAUUAAUAGUACCUUAUCUAUUUUCAAGUUUUUAUGGGCUUUUAUCAUUAUAUAAAAUUAAAAAAUAUAAUUUUAUAGAAGAAUCAAAGGAAAAUGAUGCAAAUAUUAACGAAAAUAUCCUGUUGCAGAAUAAAGACACAAUUUUAGAAAAUAAAUCAGAAAAAAAUUCACCAAGUAAUAAAGUUAUUAAUAUUACAGAUGACAAUGUCAUAAAACAAAAAAAUGAUAUGAACAAUAAAAAUAAAGAAAAUUAUUAUAACAGUAACCUUAUCCAAAAAAACGAAAACAAAGUUUUAAAUAUAUUAAAGAACUUUUUAAUCAUUAAUGCAUGUGAUUCUAUCAUUCAGAAAGGAAAAAAGGAAAAUAUGUUUUCUAAUAAAAGAAUAAUAAAUCUAAAAAAAGAAGCUUUAAAAAAUAUUAAUGAAAUAAAUAAUAAAUCUCAAAAAAUAUUUUUUGGACUAUCUUCUUCUUUUACAGAUAUAUUUGGCAUAAUUUUAGCCUCAACGACAUUUCUAUUUUUAAAAUUUUUGAAAUAA